CGCGGUUUCACUAGUGUGUUUACACCGAUCACUACUAAUCCGGACCGAACCGAUCCGGAUUAAGGGGCCGGAGGCGGGUCCUGGGCUCCAGCGGUUCCGACCCCCCCGCCUUCCGCGCCGCACCCGAGUGGCCCCUAGCCGAGCGGGCCCCCACCUCCCGGCCGGGCCUGGGCCCUUCUGCGCCUCCCUUGGCCUUUGUCCGGCGCCAGGAGACCGGUCCCGCGCCCCCCGCGGCCGCCCGGGCCCGGGCCCGCGUCAGGCGCCUGGCUCUGUACGCGAGCCCGGGGAUCUGCGGCCUCCGAGGCCCCCCUCCCCCGCCCGCCCUCUCGUGGAGCCCAGCGCCGGCGGCGGCUGCCCGGGCGGGGGGUUGCGGCGCUCAGGAGAGGCCCCGGCUCCGCCCCGGGCCUGCCCAGGGGGACAGCAGAGCGGUCCGCAGCCGGGUCGGGUCGGGGCCCCUCCCGGGAGGAGCGUGGAGCGGCGGCGGCGGCGGCGGCGGCAGCGGCAGCGGCGGCGGCAGUAGAAAUGAUGGAAGAAUUGCAUAGCUUGGACCCCCGACGGCAGGAAUUAUUAGAGGCCAGGUUUACUGGAGUUGGUGUUAGUAAGGGGCCACUCAAUAGUGAGUCUUCCAACCAGAGCUUGUGCAGCGUGGGGUCCUUGAGUGAUAAAGAAGUAGAGACUCCUGAGAAAAAACAGAAUGACCAGCGAAACCGGAAAAGAAAAGCUGAACCAUAUGAAACUAGCCAAGGGAAAGGCACUCCUAGGGGACAUAAAAUUAGUGAUUACUUUGAGUUUGCUGGGGGAAGCGGGCCAGGAACCAGCCCUGGCAGAAGUGUUCCACCAGUUGCACGAUCCUCACCGCAACAUUCCUUAUCCAAUCCCUUACCGCGGCGAGUAGAACAGCCUCUCUAUGGUUUAGAUGGCAGCGCUACAAAGGAGGUGUCAGAGGAGCAGUCUGCCCUGCCAACGCUUAUGUCAGUGAUGCUGGCAAAACCUCGACUCGACACAGAGCAGCUGGCACAGAGGGGAGCUGGCCUCUGCUUCACUUUUGUCUCAGCUCAGCAAAACAGUCCCUCAUCUACAGGAUCGGGCAACACAGAGCAUUCCUGCAGCUCCCAGAAACAGAUCUCCAUCCAGCACAGGCAGACCCAGUCUGACCUCACAAUAGAAAAAAUAUCUGCACUAGAAAACAGUAAGAAUUCUGACUUAGAGAAGAAGGAAGGAAGAAUAGAUGAUUUAUUAAGAGCCAACUGUGAUUUGAGACGGCAGAUUGAUGAACAGCAAAAGAUGUUAGAGAAAUACAAAGAACGAUUAAAUCGAUGUGUGACAAUGAGCAAGAAACUCCUUAUAGAAAAGUCAAAACAAGAGAAGAUGGCAUGUAGAGAUAAGAGCAUGCAAGAUCGCUUGAGGCUGGGCCACUUUACCACUGUCCGACACGGGGCUUCGUUUACUGAACAGUGGACAGAUGGUUAUGCUUUCCAGAACCUUAUUAAGCAACAGGAAAGGAUAAAUUCACAGAGGGAAGAGAUAGAAAGACAACGAAAAAUGUUAGCGAAGCGGAAACCUCCUGCCAUGGGACAGGCCCCUCCAGCAACCAAUGAGCAGAAACAGCGGAAAAGCAAGACCAAUGGAGCUGAGAAUGAAACGUUAACAUUAGCAGAAUACCAUGAACAAGAAGAAAUCUUCAAACUCAGAUUAGGUCAUCUUAAAAAGGAGGAAGCAGAGAUCCAGGCAGAGCUGGAAAGGCUAGAAAGGGUUAGAAAUCUACAUAUCAGGGAACUAAAAAGGAUACAUAAUGAAGAUAAUUCACAAUUUAAAGACCAUCCAACGCUAAAUGACAGAUACUUGUUGUUACAUCUUUUGGGUAGAGGAGGUUUCAGUGAAGUUUACAAGGCAUUUGAUCUAACAGAACAAAGAUACGUAGCUGUGAAAAUUCACCAGUUAAAUAAAAACUGGAGAGAUGAGAAAAAGGAGAAUUACCACAAGCAUGCAUGUAGGGAAUACCGGAUUCACAAAGAACUGGAUCAUCCCAGAAUAGUUAAGCUGUAUGAUUACUUUUCACUGGACACUGACUCGUUUUGUACAGUACUAGAAUACUGUGAGGGAAAUGAUCUGGACUUCUACCUGAAACAGCACAAAUUAAUGUCGGAGAAAGAAGCCCGAUCCAUUAUCAUGCAGAUUGUGAAUGCUUUAAAGUACUUAAAUGAAAUAAAACCUCCUAUCAUACACUAUGACCUCAAACCAGGUAAUAUUCUUUUAGUAAAUGGUACAGCAUGUGGAGAGAUAAAAAUCACAGAUUUUGGUCUUUCCAAGAUAAUGGAUGAUGAUAGCUACAAUUCAGUGGAUGGCAUGGAGCUAACGUCACAAGGCGCUGGUACUUACUGGUAUUUACCACCAGAGUGUUUUGUGGUCGGGAAAGAACCACCAAAGAUCUCAAAUAAAGUUGACGUCUGGUCAGUGGGUGUGAUCUUCUACCAGUGUCUUUAUGGAAGGAAGCCUUUUGGCCAUAAUCAGUCCCAGCAAGACAUUCUACAGGAAAAUACGAUCCUCAAAGCUACUGAAGUGCAGUUUCCGCCAAAGCCAGUAGUAACACCUGAAGCAAAGGCGUUUAUCCGACGAUGCUUGGCCUACCGAAAGGAGGACCGCAUCGACGUCCAGCAGCUGGCCUGUGACCCCUACUUGCUUCCUCACAUCCGAAAGUCGGUCUCCACGAGUAGCCCUGCUGGAGCUGCUAUCGCGUCAACCUCGGGGGCGUCCAAUAACAGUUCUUCGAAUUGAGACUCACUCCCAGCCACAGACUGUUCGACACACACAGAGUGGACAAAUGGCGUUCAGCAGCGGGUUUGGAACAUAGCGAAUCCAAAUGGAUCUCAUGAAACCUGUACCAGGUGCUUUUAUUUUCUUGCUUUUUUCCCAUCCAUAGAGCAUGACAGCAUCGAUUCUCAUUGAGGAGAAACCUCGGGCAGCUCUGGCCAGGCCUCGUAGGAAAAGGCCCCGCCCAAGGUUCCGGCGUCAACGGCCACUGCGUGUGGCUGCUCUGAGUGAGGAAAAAAUUAAAAAGAAAAACUGGUUCCAUGUACUGUGAACUUGAAAACAUGCAGACUCAGGGGGGUCCCUGAUGCAGUGCUUCAGAUGAAGAAUGUGGACUUGAAAAUACAGACUGGGCUAGUCCAGUGUCUAUAUUUAAACUUGUUCUUUUCUUUUAAUAAAGUUUAGGUAACAUCUCCUGAAAAGCUUGUAGCACAAAGGCUCGGCUGGGGAUGGUGUUUGACUUCGGAGGAAAAAAGUUGCUAUUGCCCGUUAAAGGCACUAGAGUUAGUGUUUUAUCCCUAAAUAAUUUCAAUUUUUAAAAACAUGCAGCUUCCUUCCCCCCUUUUUUAUUUUUGAAAGAAUACAUUUGGUCAUAAAGUGAAACCCGUAUUAGCAAGUACGUGGCAAUGUUCAUUCCAAUCAGAUGCAGCUUUCUCCUCCGUCUGGUCUCCUGUUUGCAAUUGCUUCCCUCAUCUCAGUAGGGAAAAAAUUGAGUGGGAGUACUGAGAUGUGUGGGGUUUUGCCAUUGGACAAAGAAUGAGGUUAGAACUCUGCAGCUUGGAGUCUCUCUAGGUUUUCAACUAUUUCUUCACAAUUUGAACACUUGACGGUUGUCCCUUUUAAUUUAUUUGAAGUGCUAUUUUUUUAAAUAAAGGUUCAUCUGUCCAUGCAGUCCUCUUGGAUUCUCUGAAUGUAGUAACCAUUGAAACUGUUCCAAAGGCAGGCAGAACUCAGGCUGGGGAGCCAGUGCUGCAGGGAGCAGGAGUUCCCACCCACAGACCCUGUGCACUUGCUGAACUGUGUGCAUUUCUUGUUACAAUGAUAUUAAAACUUGAUCAGCACAUAAGCUUUCCUCUGUUAGCUCUUUUGACAGGAAACAGCCUCCAGCCACCUGAAUUAUGUGGGUGUGUGCUGGUGUGUGUAGUUUCUGAGAUGGAUGAUCAGCUGAAGAUGGAGCUGAAAUGGGAGCUGCGUUGCCCCACCAUGCCCUUGAAACAGCAGAACACUCGACAGUAGAGGGGGGAAGGAGGCCAGAGUCUGAACAUGUGGUAGCCAGCUUGGAAUGUUACUGACAUAUGUGGCAAGAGGGCUCAGCCAGAAAUAUUUAAAGAUGCAGUGCUCAGGCAUGCGAGUUGCCUGGGCAAGGGGCAGGCUGGGGGGUGGCGGGGGGCGGCAGUCAGGAAGGGUAGAGAGCACUCAAAUGACUCACAACUAGUAUUUCUUUUACAUGUGAAGAAUGCCAGUAGUGACACAUUCUCCAGGACCUUUAUGGACCUGCCCCUUUCCCCAGUGUCAGGCCAUCUUAAGGGAGGAUAGAGUGUUCCAGAUUAGAGAGAGGUUCGUGGGCAGGUGUUGGCCUGUGGAACUCUGAAGGGAAGGAAGUCAGCUCCUGAGUGCUUGUUGCCUCCCAGCUUUCCAAAGUAACCUUACUCCAGCAUAUAUAUUUACACACGUGUGUAUAGUAUCUUUUCUUCUUUAACCAUUACUUUCAAGCUGCUAAGCAGAGUACCCAUGGGCUCUCAAAGGUUGAGCACAACACUGUAAGGAUGGUGUCUACAUGGGUUGAAGAGAUGGAUUUAGUUGAGACCAUGUUUAAACUUACUCAAGACAAUAAGUUCUGUUCCUCUUUUCUUCUCCCUCACUCAGUGAUCUUGAAGAGCUGUGUUUUGUUUAAUUUCUGACUUUCUUCAUGUUGAAGGGAUGCCUCAUCUUUAAGCCUUCCCUCUCGUUUCCUGCCUCCUUUCCCCCAGGUUCUUAUGAGCCAAGGUGUAGGACUGUAUUUGGUGAUCCGUCUUUUCUGCCCUCAUCCUCAAGAAGGGGUGCCUUCUCUUCGUGCUCUUAUUGGGCCUAGGGCUUGGCUGGAACUGCCUGGCCUUGGUUGAGUCUGGGCAUGGCCUCUUUCCAAUGCAUGGAUAAGCCCCAAGGAGCAGGCAGAAUGGUGACCUUUUCUAGACUUGUAAGUAGCCAGUGAAAUCACUAAGUGGAGUUCUUCCAUGACAUAUUUUGUUAAUAUGGGUUUCACUUUUUCCAAGGAUAAUCCCUCCUUUAUUGCCACAAUGUUGAUUUCCUUUAAACAAUGACCAAAAAAAAAAAAAAAUGUGUAUUAAUUUGUAAUUAAACCCAGCCAGACUGUUUUGGCCUUUCCCAAUUUGGGGGGUGGGGAGGAUAUUAAAAUAAGUUUUAAGAA